UCUCUCACUCCUUCCCUAUUUCUAUCUUGAGCCUAUCCCGUCAUCUCUUAUCUCCUUCAUCCCUCCAAUCCUCAUCUGUUCUUCACCGUGGAGGAAGGCUCUGAGAAAAAGAGAGUUUUCCACUAUUGAAUCUACUAGCAGUCCUGCAGGUGGAGAGCAUUACAGGAGCCAGUGAGCAGCUUGUGCACCCUGUGGGGCUGUGAAAGCUGAAACAGCUCAAAGGGUGAACACUGGUGUCUGGGAUCGAGAACUGCACAGGUGCAGAAGAAGAGAAAAGAGUGUGGUUUGGUCUUUCAUCAGGAACAUCACCAAACAGCUCUCACCAUGGCAGCUGAGAAGGCUGAAAUGGAUAAACUGAAAAAGGAGUGCGACGGCCUCCGUGCACAGAUUGAGGCAGCCCGUAAAGCUGUGAAUGAUGGCAGCAUGUCUGCAGCAGCGGGAGGCGUGGCCUCAGUGGGCCGGGUCCAGCUGAAGCUCAGGAAGACACUUAAAGGUCACCUGGCAAAAAUCUAUGCUAUGCACUGGUCAGCUGACUCCAGGCAGAUGGUCAGUGCAUCACAGGAUGGAAAGCUGCUCAUCUGGGACACUUUCACAGGGAACAAGUUGGUUGCUGUUCCACUAAAGUCUGCUUGGGUGAUGAGUGUUGCCUUCGCGCCCUCUGGUAACCUGGUGGCCAGUGGUGGUCUGGACAACAUCUGUACAGUCUACAACAUCAAGGCAGCUAGCCCCAAAACCCUCAGGGAGCUGGACGCACACACAGGUUACCUGUCUUGCUGCCGUUUCCUUAGUGAUUCUGAGAUCCUGACAGCCUCCGGUGACACUACCUGCUGUCUGUGGGACUUGGAGACUGGCAAGCAGAAGACUGUCUUCACCAACCACAUUGGAGACUGCAUGUCGCUGGCUCUCUCCCCCGACAUGAACACCUUCAUUUCUGGAGCUUGUGACUCUCUGGCCAAGCUGUGGGAUCUGAGGGAAGGGACCUGCAAGCAGACCUUCUCCGGACACACCAGUGACAUCAACGCCAUUGCUUUCUUCCCAAACGGUCACGCCAUCGUCACAGGCUCUGACGACUGCUGCUGCAAGAUGUAUGACUUGCGCUCCGACCAGGAGGUUAUUGGCUACCAGGACGCCAGUCUGAAUGCUGGCGUCACAUCUUUGGCUCUCUCCAGCUCGGGCCGCCUUAUUUUUGCAGGUUAUGAUGACUUCAACUGUCAUAUCUGGGACUCACUGAAGGGAGAGAAAGUGGGCGUGUUGUCCGGCCAUGACAACAGGGUGAGCUGCACAGGUGUCCCUGCUGAUGGUAUGGGCGUCUGCACAGGUUCCUGGGACAGCUUCCUGAAACUGUGGAACUGAGGCAUCCUUGCAGAGGACACUGGGAGAUGAAAAAGAAAAGGAGAGGAGAGGAGAGGAGAGGAGAGGAGAGGAGAGGAAAAAAGUGGCAGAAAAGUGAAGUUGGAGGAGGUUUGGUGCAGAUACUUGACCUUCCUCUCUUUUCCUUCCCACUCUGCUUCUUCCUCAUUCAUGUAUGCAAAUUUUGAAAGGUUGUGAAUGAGUUAUAUUGUGCAAAAGACAUCAGGUAAACAAUGCAUGAUGCUUUCCACUGUAUGUACAAGAGAGCUUUAUGUUGAAUUAACUACUGAAAAAACAUUAAAAAAUAGGUCAUUCAUCAAAAGGAGCUGAAAAUAAGCUCUUGCUGAAAAUGAUAAACAUCUCUAGAUUUUUUUGACAAUAACUGAACAAAGAAGUAAAUAUUGAAAAUAAGACGCUAGAAUGACAGAUUUAUUUUUUUGUCUUCAAGGUCUUUGACCUUUAAAAGCUGCAAUCAUUUAGAUAAAAGACUGGCAUGUAUAUUUAAUUAUAUUUUAUAGUUUAACAUAUUAGAAUGGAAAGUCUAUGUACAGUGUCUUUUUCGUUGUAUUUGAUUUGUUUGGGUUUUUUGGCUGCACAUAUUCAAAAUGUGUAUUUGUAUGGCAGAGCUGCCAUUUUGGGUCCUAUAUUACCACCAACUGACUUUGAUCUAAGAUUGCUGCUGCUGUUGCCCCAUUUCACCAGUAAAAUACAAUGAUGGAGCCAUGGAUGAUGGCUUGAAGGGGGAACCUGAAUGUGAGACUGGCUUUAAAACACUCCUGUAAGCUUUACUUUACUCCACUGGGUUCAGUUGCAUUUUGUUUUACUUCAACACUUGUGCAGUUCCUCUGUUUAAAAAAAAAAAAAAAAAAAAAAAAAAAAAAAA